GAAGGGUGUUUUCAACCAUCCCAGAAUCAGUAGCAGCAUCAGCAUAAUUUCGGUCUAGGUCGUGUCGUGUAUGUGAUGAUGUUUAGUGGAAGGUGUUUUUUUGGCCCCAAAUGCUUGGAAUAUUCCAUGAAGAAUCGUGUCCUCGACGUUUGGUGAAAAGUUUAUCUUCAGCCGGGCCUUCUUAGAUGGAAUUUUUAAUGAGUGAAAUUCAUUUUUGAUGGCUUAAUCAGAGGAUCGUGACACAGCCAGAUGAGUGGAUAUGUGAAUUAUAUUCCAGGUUGUGUGGAACAAAUGUUAGUUUGGCUGUGAGAAAUAUCCGAGUGUGAAGAAACAAAAAAAAAGCUAGUAGCACUCUGUUUGAAUAAGUCCCAAAUGAUCACGCAUGUUCUUAUUUGAGUGUUUGCAACUCAAAUUCGUUUUUCUUUUGCAAACACACACAAAAAAUUCCUAAGCUCUGGUACACAAAUGUUGUCAAAUAUUUACAGAACGCACUUAAUCUUGGAUGUUGAUACAGAUAGCGUGCUAUAGGGUGUAUGAAAACAACUUCCCGCUAUACAUGGCAGCACUCGUGCGAUUGAACAACUGAUAGCCCGCUAUAUCGCAUAGUAAAAAUCAAUCGAAAAGUGACACGACAAGUGGCGUAAGCGACGUUGGAGGGCCUACCCCAACUUCUUCCGAGUUCUCCGGCGAGAGCGAUAGUCUUCUACCCGACAGCGCUGGAACGACGGAAACCGGCUCCGAAAUGACUGGCGCCAGCAAGGAGCAAAAUCCGGAAAAAGCCGAGGCGGAUCUGCAGGCGGCCACAGCAGGAGGAAAUGCAAUCGGCAGUGAUAGCCUCGGGUCGUUGCUCUACUCCUUUGCCAAAAAAGUGGUCACCGUCGGUAUCAUCUACUUCGUUGGCUACAUGGGAUGGUCAGUGGCCUGGCUAAUCACGCCAGUUAUUUUGUCGGUAGCACGCGAACAAUGGCGAUCCAAAAGCGAAACCCGCCGGAAUGUGGCCAAAGCUUCGGCGCUGGCCAACGAUAAAGAAGUUAUUCUGGCCCGUCUCGGCGAUUUGCCAGCCUGGGUAUUCUUUCCGGAUGUAGAACGAUGUGAAUGGUUGAACAAGAUUCUCAAACAAGUGUGGCCCAAUGCAAACUACUUCGCCAAGAACCUCAUCAAGGAUUCGAUUGAACCGAGCAUUCAACAAGCCCUCACCGGCUACAAGCUCAAUGGAUUCAAGUUUGACCGCAUGAUUCUGGGAACAAUUCCUCCCCGAAUUGGCGGUGUAAAAGUGUACGAUAAAAAUGUUUCCCGAAACGAAAUCAUCAUGGAUUUGGAUCUAUUCUAUGCAGGGGAUUGCGACAUCAAUUUUUCGCUGAGCGGCCUUCGUGGAGGCAUUAAAGACUUCCAAAUCCACGGAACGGUGCGAGUGAUAAUGAAGCCGCUCAUUUCGCAGAUGCCAUUGAUUGGGGGUUUGCAGAUUUUCUUCCUUAACAAUCCAAACAUCGAUUUCAACCUGGUUGGGGUGGUGGAUUUGCUCGAUAUGCCCGGGUUGAGUGACAUUUUGAGAAAGAUUAUCGUGGAACAAGUUGCUGCCAUUAUGGUGCUACCGAACAAACUGCCGAUUAUUCUGAACGAUGGUGUUCCAGCGCUUUCGCUGAAGAUGCCAGAGCCUGAGGGCGUCCUGAGGAUCCACGUGGUCGAAGCCAAGGAUCUGAUGAAGAAGGAUAUCAGCGUUCUGGGCAAGGGCAAAUCGGACCCGUACGCCAUCGUUUCGGUUGGCGCCCAGCAAUUCCGUACCCAAACCAUCGACAAUACGGUCAAUCCCAAGUGGGACUACUGGUGCGAGUUUUAUGAACCCUUCAUUUCUUACGGUAGUGGAUUGGGUCCUAGAAAACGUGCAGAGGUGAAUGCUACCUUAGGUCAGGAAAUUGAGCUCAACCUUUGGGACUGGGAUCCCGGCUUUCCAGGUGUCCAGAACGACGAUUAUCUUGGCAGAGCAACGGUCGAGAUAAGCAGCGUAACCAAGAAUGGCGAGAUCGACACGUGGCUAACGCUGGAACAAGCCAAACAUGGGUUAGUUCAUUUGCGGCUCACUUGGUUCACGUUGAGCGCAGAAAAGGCUGAUUUGAAGGCUGCCCUGGAAGAAACGCAACUACUACGCGUGACUUCAAUGAGUACGGCGUUGCUGACGGUAUUUAUCGACUCUGCUAAAAAUCUACCGCAAGCUCGCCAGCAAAGCCAACCGGAUCCGUACUUAAUCCUGAGCGUGGGAAAGAAAACCGAACAAACCAGUGUACAAAUGCGCACAGAUGCUCCGGUUUGGGAGCAGGGAUUCACAUUCUUGGUAGGCAAUCCGGACAAUGACACUUUGCAGCUGAAAGUUGUGGACCAAAAGACUGGCAACAGUCUCGGCAACUUGACCUACAUUCUGAGUGCAUUGAUGGAGAAGAAGAAUCUAGAAGUGAUGUCGCAACCGUUCCUGCUUCAAAAAUCUGGUCCGGAAACGAAAAUAAUAAUGUCCAUGUCAUUGCGCAUCUUGAAGCGCCCAAUAUCCAACGAUGCCAGCCUCGAUAAGGUAUCUUCGUCUGAGGGAUAUGGUGGUGACAGUACUCUGUCCCGUACUAGUUCCAUCCGUUCCGCACCAAUAUCGGCCGCUGAUUCCACUACAACCGAGCCUGCUGUGUCGACUGGUUCCUUCCGGAAACAAGAAUCGCGUAAAUCAACCACAUCUGCCAUCGUUGAUCAGAUGUCCAUUCAAGAAGAACCCUUCAUACUAUCUACAUUGAACACGGCCAUGAUGGCGACACCACCGAGCCCAAAUCUUAGCGAUCAUGGUACUGAAUUGCUUCGCCGUAGUCCAAGUACCACUUCAUCUGCAGGAUCUUGUGGACUAGGACGUAUUCAGCUAACCAUUGCUUUCAGCGUACAACGUCAACGACUGCUAAUUAUUGUUCAUAAGAUCAACAAUAUCCCACUGAAGGACCCAACCAACAUUCCGGAUCCAUACGUUAAGCUUUAUCUGCUACCAGGCCGUUCGAAGGAUUCGAAGCGGAAAACAAACGUCGUGAAGGACAAUUGCGAUCCCGUCUUCGACGCCACUUUUGAGUACAUAAUCUCCAAUGCGGAAUUGGUAAACUCCGAGCUGGAAAUCACCGUUUGCACCCAAAAAGGAUUUUUUGGAAGUCCUGUUAUCGGAAUGCAAAAACUAUCACUGAAUGACCCGGAGAUUUGCUCGCCCCAAGGAAUCCGAGCAUGGUAUGACCUGUUGCCGGAAUCAAAAUUUGAAUAAACAUCGCACCAGUGUUAGAUUUGUUUUAUGGAAACAAGUAGUUUACUCAAAUCAGAUAUAUUUAGAAGCAUUACUUUACGAUUGCAUCGAUUGCAACGCUUAAUGCAUUUGAAGAUAUUUUUAAUUAGAUAUUUACAGUCCAUCGGAAAUUUUAUGGCACUUUCAAAAGAACAAAUUCAUCCACGACACGAAGAGUCUCUCAAGCGUUUCUAUAGAAUCUAUUCACCAGCAAAUUUUACUAUUAUUGCACGAUAGCUCUUAUAUGCACUUCAACUGUUAAAUUUAUUCAUUGAAUGAAGAAAACUGCAUUCAGCAAAAAAAAUAGAUUUGCCUGUUUAUAAUAGAAAAAAAUUGUAACAUUUAACGAUGAACGAAAUGUUUAAAGUUGUCUCCAAAACGUGUCAAUUAGUAGGAAAAUCCCAUUUCAAUAUAUGCCUCUCCUCUCAUGUUGACAAAUAGAUCGUUUUUGUAACACUCGACAGAACCUGUAGUAGAAGUUUUGUUUUUCGUUUGAAGCGGUAGUGCAAUCAAGCAGCGCAGCGGCCUUCCCCCUACACUUAGUCCAAGAACCAGGAAGUUGUGUUUCGAUAUAUAAAAUAAACUGAAUUUGGAGCUUAUAUAGUAUUGAUGAUAGAACGCUGCACCAUAUGAUCAAAUCCAUGAACAAUUUACAAAAGUUUCUCACAAACGUUCAAAUUGGUAGCAAAAACUGCACAAGUCAAGGUAAGAGUGAAAUGACUCAGAAACUUGGUGAUAAUAAUUGCUUAAAAAAGAUUUAAUGUUGCAAAAAGUUUUCAGCCUAAAUCCAUAAGAAGAUAAAACCAUUUGUUACUCAAAAUUAUGUAUAAAUAAAAUACUUUUGAUUUUU